CCACCACGCAGCUUGAGCCUCCCAAACCCGGGAUCGAGGGCGGGACAGAGACGAGAUGGACGCGGCUGCUUAGCGAAUGGGAAGCGAGGAAGAAGAGGCACUCUUGCGUUGGAGGCGGGAGGAAGGGGAUUGACGGCGGCGGGAGCCAAUAGGAGCCGGGGAAAGGAAAGAGAAGCGCUUCCUUGUGGAGAGAGAAGCAGGAGCGGCGGAAAGAGCCGGAGGAAAGUGAGGCCUUGGCCUCCUCCUCCCCGCGCCGGUGCCCCGAUGAACCUGGUCUCGAUGGCGGCCGUGGUGAUGGCGGUGGCCGAGCCGGAGCUGAAGUGGCUCUCGCUGGGGCUGCGCCUGCGCUGGGCGGCGGUGCUGGCGGCGCUGGCGGCCGGGGUGCUGGUGCUGCUGCUCCCGCUGGCCGCCGUGGAGGACCAAGGACAGGCUCUCGUCAAGGGCUUGGCCUUGCUGCGCAGCAAGCUGGGCCUGGGCCACCCCGAGCACCCCAGGCCGGCCGGGCCCAACACCGGACUCAGCGUCACCUCCGGGGAACUGCAGCUGCUGGUGCUCAAGCCCAAGGCCUCCCCAGAGGUGAGGCUGGAAGCCAAGGCGGCCCUGAACCAGGCCCUGGAGAUGAAGCGCCAAGGCAAGCGGGAGAAGGCCCACAAGCUCUUCCGCCACGCCCUCAAGAUGGACCCCGACUACGUGGACGCCCUGACCGAGUUUGGCCUCUUCUCCGAGGAGGAGAAGGACAUCCUCCAGGCCGACUUCUUGUACUCCAAGGCCCUGACCAUCGCCCCGCGCCACGAGAAGGCCCUGGUCAGCCGGGACCGGACGCUGCCGCUCGUGGAGGAGAUCGACCAGCGCUACUUCAGCAUCAUCGACAGCAAGGUCCGGAAGGUGAUGUCCAUCCCCAAGGGCAACUCGGCCCUGCGGCGCGUCAUGGAGGAGUCCUACUACCACCACAUCUACCACACGGUGGCCAUCGAGGGCAACACGCUGACGCUCUCGGAGAUCCGGCACAUCAUCGAGACGCGCUACGCCGUGCCCGGGAAGAGCCUGGUGGAGCAGAACGAGGUCAUCGGCAUGCACGCCGCCAUGAAGUACGUCAACGCCACCCUGGUCUCCCGCAUCGGGUCGGUGACCCUCGCCGACAUGUUGGAGAUCCACCGGCGGGUGCUGGGCUUCGUGGACCCGGUGGAGGCCGGGCGCUUCCGGACGACCCAGGUCUUUGUGGGCCACCACAUCCCCCCGCACCCGCGCGACGUGGAGAAGCAGGUGCUGGAGUUCGUCCAGUGGCUCAACUCGGAGGACGCCAUGGGCCUGCACCCGGUGGAGUUUGCGGCCCUGGCCCACUACAAGCUGGUGUACAUCCACCCCUUUGUGGACGGCAACGGGAGGACCUCCCGCCUCCUCAUGAACCUCAUCCUCAUGCAGGCGGGCUACCCGCCCAUCACCAUCCGCAAGGAGCAGCGGGCCGAGUACUACCACGUCUUGGAGGUGGCCAACGAGGGCGACGUCCGGCCCUUCAUCCGCUUCAUCGCCAAGUGCACCGAGACCACCUUGGACAUGCUGCUCAUUGCCACCACCGAGUACUCAGUGGGCCUCCCCGAAGCCCACGCCGGCAGCCGGGACUGCAAGCAGACCAUCCCCGUCCAACCCCGGACAUGAGUGUCGGAGAUUACACGCAGGCGGGGAACCGAACCCUCGUGGCUUCUUGUCUUUCUGGGUCUCCCCGGGUCACCUCCGUGGAAGCAUUUCGUUUUAUUUAAGGUUUAAGUUAAGUUUGGGCUGCAGGAAUCUCUCCCCCUAUUUAUUACCCCCUGACGUAAAUUAUUUCGGGUUUCGGUCAGGAUCGGUCGGUGUUAGUCAUGUGAGGGUUCACAACGUUCACCUCCGGGGUCAGUGGAAAGUGUUCAACUCUCAACUCUCUCCUCAAGAGUCUACAAAUCUCAUCUCCAACCAGUAGUAGUUAUUCCUUUAACUUAUAGAUCCCGCCUGCCUUCCCCGCCCCCCGAGAAGCUGGACUCGAGAUGGUCCAGUGGUUCUCAACCUGCGGUCCCUUGAUGUUUUUGGACUACAACUCCCAGAAAUCCCAGCCAGUUUACCAGCGGUUAGGAUUUCUCAGAGUUGAAGUCCAAAACAACUGGGGACCUCAGGUUGAGAACCACUGGGCUGGCAGGAAAGUCAGAAUUCCUUCUGGAGAUUGUCCGAAUCCACUCCAAGCUGUGUUUUUGUCUCUUAAUAAUAAUAGUAAUAAUAAUAAUAAUAAUAAUAAUAAUAAUAAUAAUAAUAAUAAUAAUAGUUUAUAUUCUGCUUUUCUCCCUCAUGGGACCCAAAGCGGCUCACAACAUUAAAAUAAUGUCAGCAAGAAUCCAAAUACGGUAGAGUCCCACUUAUCCGACUUCCGCUCAUCCGACACACCGUAUUAUCCGACACCUGGGGUCAGCCAGGUCCUGGUUCUGUGCAAGAAAGGGAGGGUGGGUGGCAAAGGUAGCCUGGCCUCCCCUUCCUGCUUCCUCCAGACCCCGCUCUCCCGGUGGCAAAGGUGGUGGCAGAUGCUACUUUUGCCGUUUUCGCUUUCUCUCGCUCACCCACCAGUCUGCCGUCGCUGCCGGAACCUGGUCUGGUGAGUGAGCCGGCAAGCAAGGGAGGGGGCGGGUGGGCGGCAAAGGGGCAGCCACGGCAGAAGCUUCCUCCUUUUCCUCGAUGGCCAGCCUGCCGAGGAGGAGGAGGAGGAUCGGCAGCAACAGCGGAAGAGGCUUCUUCUGUCAUGAAUAUGGAUGAUGGAUGUGAGGCAGAUAUAUUGAGACAUUUACAGAAAUCUGUCUCAAUAUUCCCCUCCAUUCAGUAGCAUGAACAAAUAAGAUUGUAUAGCUGUCAGGGUAAUGAGUAAUUUACACAGCUAUUUACAUAGCUCCAACAGAAUAUUAAUGGUGACUGCAAGAACUCUUAUCAGUAAAUAAUAACUGCUCCCAAAUUCUGUCCUCAGUGACAUGUUUCCUUCUAGCGUUUCAUUCCUUUCCCUCUAAGCAGUAAAUCACUGCUCUAUGCAAUUAACUACUUCAGUACUAGAUUGCUUACUGAAGCAAGCUUACACACCUACAAUGAGUUAACCAUUACCUUGACACUUGCUACCACGCUCCCUAUUAUCCAACAGUUUUCCUUAUCCAACAUUCUGCCCGCCCGUUUAUGUCGGAUAACAGAGACUCUACUGUACACCAUUAUUAUUAUUAUUAUUAUUAUUAUUAUUAUUAUUAUUAUUUUCUUCUCUCUUUGGGUCCGUUGCAUUCCAAACAAGACUGCGUUGUUGUGCCAGUGCUCCUCCUCGUUUCUGAAUCUCGUUGCCGUUGUAUUGCCAUUGUUCUCCCCAAAAUCACUCCUGUGGGAUGCCUCCGUCUGAGCCCAGGUCUCCUGCUGCCGCCGGAUUUGAUGCCUCCGUUUGAGCCCCGUUCUCCUGCUGCCGUCGUAUUCGAAAAAUGCACAAUAAAUCGGAAGUAAAUUGGGAUGCCAAGGUCUGUUACAGUGCAGCGCUGUCCGUGGCUCGCAGGUCUCGGCACGUGUUGUCCUCUCGGGCUCCCUCCCGGCACCACGUUGGCGUCUGAGCCCAACGAUUUUAAAAAAUACCACGUUUUCUUUGAAACGCACUUUACGCCACUUUGCUCGGCGAGAGCACGCCUUGUAGCAGAGGCGGCUUUCGUUCUUCCGCGGGACCCGCGACACGUCCCAAACCCGAACUCAAAGACCGACCCUUGGGAUCCAUUGUUGUUUUGGUGGGCCAACACUCACCAAACCCAUUGGUUCUUCCUUGAACUCCAUUGGGUUGUGGGCUUCAAAAGGCUCAAUAUAUUCAGAAUAUGUCUGAAUACGAGAAGGUGUGCUAUCUGUUUGUCUUCCAAGCCCCUGCCUUGAAAUCAUGUCUUCUUUCUCUAUCACAUUUCCAAAGUGAGAGUCGGGUUCUAGAUCAAUAAAAGAAUUUGGACCAUG